UACGGCAGCAGCUGCUCGUCGCUCCUCUGCUCUCAUUGUCAAUGAUAGCAAAAAGCAGAUGAUGGUAAUGUAGGCAGUAUCUAGAGUUACAUUUUUGUCUUUUCAAAAGUUAACACAAUGAAACCAAACGCCCCCAAAGAAGAUCACAAGAUCGAGGCUGACUUUAUCAUGACGUUCCCCGCACCAUCAGCUCCAGAGUAUAAUUAUGAAUUAAAAACAUGUUUGGAAAUCCCCUUCAAAGACUCAGCACCCGAACUUGCAUCCCGUCUUAUAGCAACUCUUCGAUUGCCCCAUUAUAUUAUCGAUGACCUUACUGAGAGUAUUGAAACUUUUGUCAAGGAGAAACUAAAAGCUGAACAAGACAGGAUUGCUGAUGAAAUGGUCGCGAAGGCGAUUAAACAAAAAAAUUCAGAUCAAAUUGAUAGCCUGGUGAAGCAGUGGGAAGUAGCUUACAAAGGAGAAGUGACGCAAUAUUGCAGCCCAACUGCACUCUCCGAUGAAGAGCUGUUUGCAGAAGCUUACCACCAGCUAGUACAUUCACCGAUGCUUGAUAAUGUCCUCAAGGGAAUUGAAGCCAUGUCUGCGCAAGUUAACCAAAUGGUCACCCUCCGCGAUGCAGAAAUUAACCAACUUACGCUUAAACAAGAAAGGGAAAUGCAGCAGGCAUUGGAAGCUUUGACCGAAGAGCAAAUUAACAGCUUGGCAAAUUCUCAUUUGGAACACAAAGAAAUGUUGCUCGUCCAGUGGGAGAGCCGAUUGGAUUCAUUAAAAACAACUCAGCGGCGUGAAGCCAGAGCUUGGCUAGUGGGUCUCAGCCAGCAAGCUCAACCAGAGCAAAAUUUAUCCGCUCUAUGGCCAGAAUUUGAGCUUGAAAUCCCUAAGGUGCAGACUGCAUCAAAUCAAUUUUUGCCCAUCAUGCAGGAAAGCUUCACCAUUCAUUUGGGCUCGCAAAUGAAACAAAUGCAUAAUGUACGACUGCUAGCCAGCGACAUGCUUGCCCUCUGCGACUGCCAAGGCCAGACUCAACGCAUUCACACUUCCUUAUCCCUUUACUCCAAUGAACUGCAGGGUUUGGUUCUCUUCACCGACUGCCAGUCCCCGUCAACCUCAGCGCCCUUCGGAGCAUUCCAAAAUAUUUGCGAAAAAGGAACAGAGUUGCAUUUUCUGCCUGUCGAACAGCAACUGGAAACUCUGACCUCUCAGGCACGACAAGCUAUUGAGUGGAGGCUCCAAAAUAAUGAUAACAAAAGCGGUGCAAUAAGACGAAAUCUCCAACCAGGUGACUGCUAUGUGACCAAGCAUUCAAGUCUUGCAGAGGCUCAUGUUGUUUACCACAUAUUGAGCGAUGAUUCUAUUAUGUCAGAUAUCACUUCAAGACACCCAGUGAUACUAGGAUUGAGGAAUAUUUUAAAGACGUCGAGUGCUUAUGACAUUACAAGUUUGACCAUUCCGCUUCUUCUAGUCCACGAAAUGUCAGAGGAAAUGACAGUUGUUUGGUGCACCAAAAGAGCAGAGCUCGUUUUUAAAUGCAUCAAAGGCUUCAUGAUUGAAACAGCGAGUUGGGGUGGAUCCGAACUGAAAACAAUUCAAUUCGUUUUGCCAAAGGGCAUAUCGGAGAAUCUGUUCAAGAGUCUCUGUACAAUGCUGUCAAGCAUAUUUCGGGUGUCGAACCCACUAAAGUUUACUGGAAAGUAGCUGUAUGUUACAACCCCAAUAAAAUAUACCACACUUACUUCUCCAGCGACA